UUAGAGGUGUGUGGUGCCGAUUUGUUCGGACUUUGUAAAUGACUCGUUUUUUCGUGCCCUUUAAAAGCUGAAAUUAUAAUCUUGUAACAAACAAACAAAUAAUGUAAUUGUGUGCAGCUUUUUUGACAUAAAAUAAAUGUAAUAUAGAGAACACGCCGUAAUUUAUAGCAAAACAAAACAUGUUGAAAAUGCCAUUAUUUGGAAAAGACCGAAAAUCAAAGAAGGAUAAAGAAGAUAAACUGGCAAUUGAUGAAAAAUACGCUCUAAAAGAUGUUUUGGGGACGGGAGCUUUUUCUACGGUCAGAAUUGCGGAAAGUAAAGUGAUCCCUGGGGAAAUGUAUGCAGUUAAAAUAAUUGAUAAAAAGGCUCUCAAAGGAAAAGAAGAUUCAUUAGAAAAUGAAAUUAAAGUGCUUCGUAGACUAAAGCACCCCAAUAUUGUACAGUUGUUAGAAACGUUUGAAGAUAAAACUAGAGUAUUUUUGGUGAUGGAACUUGUUACAGGAGGUGAGCUGUUUGAUAGAAUUGUCGAAAAAGGAUCCUAUACGGAAAAAGACGCGUCAGAUCUAAUUAGGCAAGUUUUAGAAGCAGUAGAUUAUAUGCACGAUCAAGGGGUAGUUCAUCGAGAUUUAAAACCUGAAAACUUAUUGUACUACAGUCCAGACGAAGAUUCAAAAAUUAUGAUUAGUGAUUUUGGUUUAUCAAAAAUGGAAGAGUCUGGAAUAAUGGCAACAGCCUGCGGAACACCGGGCUAUGUCGCUCCGGAAGUACUAGCACAAAAACCAUACGGCAAGGCGGUUGAUGUCUGGUCAAUAGGGGUGAUAUCUUAUAUCUUACUUUGCGGAUAUCCGCCGUUCUAUGAUGAAAAUGAUGCCAAUUUAUUUGCCCAAAUUUUAAAAGGUGAAUAUGAAUUCCAUUCCCCAUACUGGGAUGAAAUCAGUGAUUCUGCUAAGGAAUUUAUCACUAGCUUGAUGACCGUAAACGUAGACAGGAGAUUCACUUGUAAACAGGCACUCGCUCAUCCUUGGAUAUCUGGAAACACAGCAGCAACUAAAGAUAUCCACAGCACUGUCUCCGAGCAGCUUAAGAAAAAUUUUGCGAAAUCUCGUUGGAAGCAAGCUUACCACGCAACUACUGUGAUUCAGAAAAUGAAGAAAAUGGCUUUAACAAACAGUGGAAACCGAAGUCCCACCUCGCAAAGGUGCAUCCCUGAUUAAAAUUGUUAACUGCUCGAAUUGGAAAUGCCUGUAUGUAUUACGUCGAUUAGUGGACCUGUGGUUUACAGUUAAUUUAAAAACGGGUAUACCCAAACCUAAACUUUGUUUAAAAUAGUCCGGGAAUAAUUUUUUUGACGAAUCUUCAGGUACAAUUGCCAAUUCGAGAAAUAUGAUGUCCAUAAAAACGUAAAAACUUUUAACACACCCCGUAACCGAAAGGAAAAUGUUCACAUUUUCAUAUGAGAAUGCAUUUACAAAAAUAGUACCUGAGUUGAUACGGGGCGAUUCUGAACGGCGCUUAUAGAGAUCUAAUAAUGGUCGCUUGAUAUUUCCAAACGGCUCAAACUCUUUAUGACAAGUCUAGUAAUUUGAUUUGCUGUUAAAAAUACCAUUAACUAUUCUAUCAAAUAACUUUAUUGUUCCAGGAUGGGAUAAAUUCAAUGUUCCCUGGGAGUUUUUGGUAUUCCUUCUUCGAGCGCUUAAUUUUUAAGAAAAGAGACAAGCAAGACUAGGUGUUCCAUAAGAAAAAACCUUCAUACCUGCAAGCAAAAUUUCCUAAUAUUGAAACUUUUGAAAACCCCCUCGUAACUUAAAAUUAAACCCAGUACUUGUUUUUGGCUAUUGCUGCUAGAAAUAACGAAAACACAAGUAGAAAUGAGCUUUGGAAAUUUUUUUCGCUUUAAAAGGCACCUAAAGCGGCCAGAAUUACAUAUUACAAUCGGUAUUUAGAAUCACCCCGUACAUGAUUUUAUAACAAUAUAUACGAAUUCAUUCCAUUUAGGUUACUUAUUGCAUAGAAUCUCAAAUUAUUUAGAAUCUCAUAUAUUUUAUAUAGUGUCCCAAAGCCAGCUUUCGAAGGUUUAUAUUUAUAGAAAAAUAAGCACUAUUCUAAAUUUUUAAAAAGCCCAAUUCUUUUGAAAGUCAUGAAAAGUGAGUGGUGUUUCCAAUUUUUCUUUCAUCAAAUUAGGUCAAAGUUCCAUAUCGAUGAACCUGAUAAUAUUCCAUUACCUUUGCCACUAGCGAAAAUAUGGCGGAAAAACUGGAUUUUUUUUACCGGCUCAUUUUGAAACUUUGCAAAAAUCUACAAAUAUAUUCUCAUUAAAACUUUUCGUUUUUCGUAGCUUUCCAGCUUAGUUGUUUAAUAGCUCGUUUAAUGUGAAUGAAAAUGUAGAUUUGACUGGUAAAAAGAUAAAAUGGAAAACCGCCCCAUUUUCCGGGAUUUUAAUUCUUUAAUGGAAUAAUUAUCUCAAUUUGAGGUACUUUUUAUCCCUUGCAGUUUCUGGGAAAAUCGCGGAAAAUGAAUCUCCAAUAAUAACGAAAAGUUAAAACCCCCAAAAAUAACGGAAAUUUGGACACUCUGAAGCACACACUUAUACUUAGUUAAAACAAAAAAGGCAUUCGUUUUAAUAAGAUCAAAUUAAAAUUCAUCAUGACAAUCAUUUCAAGUAUUCUGUGCUAAUGUGUUUUUUGCAUUAGGCCAAUAUUAAAUGUCGAUGUGAUUUUUACUGCAAUAAUAGCUACCUAUCAACCUUGUGAUGGAUAACCUGAAAAAAUGAUUUUUAUUUGUAGUAGGAUUAUUAACGUAAAAUACUUCAAUCGUCGAAUAUAUUUUUGUAUAUACACACAUUAUGUAACAUGUAUUUUUUUAUGUUGUUUAUAAUUUUAAUAAUAAUUGUUAAACCGGAUAAAGAUUGGAAUUACAAGAAUGAUUUCGUAAAUUUAAAUGGGUUUAUAAAAAAAAUCGGUAAUUGCAUUUGUAGCACUCUGACAAAUUUCGAAUUGUAUCAUUUUAAUCAUUCGAAUUAUACUACUUGCACUGGGACAUUGAAUUAACAUUUCUUAAGAUAUUUAUGUUAGGGGAAGAUUUAUUCGUAAAACCCCUUACAUUAAAAAUUGAAAAUACAUUAAAUUAAAUAGUUUUCGUUCGGUCAACACGUAUUUUUACUUCAAAUAAAAAGGCACUAGUGUCUAAGGCUUACUAUGUACCAUGCAUAAGGAUGUUUAAAUGUUAGAAGUUAUUGAAAAACAGAAAAUAUGUGAUAUGUAAAAUAGAAUCACAUUUAAGUAAUAAACUCUACAGCCUUUUAUAUUCUAAAAAAGGAUCAGCAAUAUUUUUGCAGUCAAAAGCAAACUUGUACUAUAAAUGUUAAAUUUAAAAAAUAUAUCAGAGUUUGGUGAAUUCAUUGUUAUAAAAUUUCGUAUCACUUGUUAAUAUUAAAGUCAACGUGUUUCCUCUAAACAAAACUAACCCCUAUUACACUGUAGUAUAUAAAUACAAACAGUUAUUUAAAUAGCUAAAUUAAGGAUUUAAAUAGUAGUGAUUAUAAUCGGUUCCAAAAUACCAGAUAUUCCAGAAUUAAUGUCAAGGGUCGACUUUAUUUUUAAAGUUAUAUAUAUAUAUAA